CAUUUAUAGAAUGGGAAAGAAUAUUCCGGACAAGUCUACUCCGACGGCAACUCUUCAAUCUUACCGCUUCAAGGAAAAAUGGGGGAAAAAGGAAGCUACACUUGCCAAUGGAAAAACAACUUUCUAGGUCAAACGAAUUACAGGAAUUUCACUGUCUCCUACCCUAACGAAAUUCCGGUAAAUGACAAGACCGUCGUCACCGCCGUUUCUUCAACAUUUUCUGUCCUACUUUUUAUCCUAAUUGCCUACGGUGGAGUCAAAUUUUAUCGGGACAAGAAACGACGAGUUUCACAAGACGCGCUACUUAAAUUUUUGAAUGGAAAUCCGAAACAAAUUAAUAACCAGUCACCAGUAGAAGAACAGGUAGAGUUUCUACCUUAUGAUAGACGCUGGGAAUUUCCAAGAAAUCGCCUGAAACUGGCAAUACAGCUUGGAGUUGGUUGCUUUGGUCGUGUAGUCAAAGCGGAAGCGGUGGGAAUAAAAGACUCCGAACAAACUAUCAAAACGGUGGCCGUCAAAAUGGUUCGGUCGGAAGCAAACUUCGCCGCAAUGGAAGCUCUCAUCAGUGAACUGAAAAUCCUCGUCUACUUGGGAUCGCACCUCAACGUCGUCAAUCUUCUGGGAGCCUGCACCAAACAAAUACACAAAGGAGAACUGUUGGUGAUCGUUGAAUAUUGUCGGUUUGGCAAUUUGCAAACGUUUUUGAUUAACCACAGGAACAAUUUUAAUAAUUUUGUGGACGAGUUUGGGAACCUGAAAAUGGAAGACGAAACGGAAAGGAACAAUUUCACCAGGACAAAAGGGGAAGAACACCCAUCGCAAGUCGAAACUAGAACUUUGCAAGUUUGUGAUAUUUCUGGUAUGAAUUCACUCACUGAAAAUUUGGCCGCUUCAAAUUCCAACCUACAAGAUCGAGAUGAAAAUUUAAAUCAGCCGAUUUCAACAACAGAUCUCAUUUCUUGGUCUUUUCAAAUAGCUCGAGGGAUGGAUUACCUGGUUAGCAAAAAGGUUCUCCAUGGCGAUCUGGCCGCCCGCAAUAUUCUGCUCGCCGACGAUGGAGUUGCAAAAGUGGCCGACUUUGGCAUGGCUAAAAAAAUGUAUUACGAAGACAAUUACGAAAAAAAAGGACAAGGGUUGAUGCCGGUCAAGUGGAUGGCGAUUGAAUCUUUGAUUGAUCGCAUCUUCUCCAGCCAAUCCGACGUGUGGUCGUACGGAGUUCUUCUCUGGGAACUCUUUUCUUUGGGCCAAGUUCCCUACCCAGGUAUGGACGUUGGUCACAUACUCAUGAAAGAAAUUUUGAAAGGAUAUCGGAUGGACAAACCGGAACUGGCGCCCAACUUCUUCGGUGAAAUGAUGGCCGAUUGCUGGAAAUCGGAUCCGAAAGAGAGACCCACUUUCAGUCAAAUGGAGGAGAUUAUCUGCAGUCACAUGGAGUCGUCUGUCAGCUCAGACUAUUUGAAUAUGAACGCGUUGUAUGUAAAACUCAACGAAGAUAAGGAAAACGCAACGCCAAAGGAUCAUUUUGGAUUGGCAAAGUUGUUGGUAGAAAAAUCAGGAGCUCAAUCCAAGAGGGACGCGACCGCUCGAUAUUCAUUUUUACCUAUGCUGUUCUCAAAAAAAGAUGCUGAUUCCGAUCUUUAGCCAAACACUGAUCAAUCUGCUAUCAGUAAUCGAUUAAUUAGGCACAGAGCAAUCCACUUUAAUAUGAAGUUAUUGCGUUAUCAUUUGAUUUCUAUUUUUGUCGAAUUUUACCGCCUUUUCCUUUCUUUGUGACUAUUUGAAUAUGAUCGCGCUGUAUGUUAUAAACUCAACGAAGAUAAGGGAAACGCAAGGCUAAAGGAUCAUUUUGGAUUGUCGAACUUCGAAGUUGUUGGUAGAAAAUUCUGGAACUCGACAAAAAAAAAACAAAAAAAACACAACGAUUCGUUACCGAUCCUUUUAAUUGGGUCGAUUAAAUCACCGCUCAUCGCUGAUAGAUCAACGGAGCGAAAAACUGAUGCGCUCUGUCCAACCCUGGAAUUCAAUAUCGUUAUAAAGACGCGACGAGUGAAACGUUUUUUUUUUUUUUUUUUUUUUUUUUUACCUUUUAAUCGACGAAAGAUUGACGUUAUCAAUAACUUCGAAAUGAACUGGCAAACUUUAGUUGGUGUAAUGCUGUACUUAAGCUGUACUGUAAGAGAAUAACGUUCUAUCCGAAUUAAAACGAAGAACAUUUCACCUAAAUUACAGUGCAACCUGAAAAAUAUUGGAAAUUCACAUCUCUGUUGUGAUAGAAACAAAUUUCUUUUGUGCUUUCAUUCGUUUGUAAACCCGAAGUAAAUGUCAGAAAAAGGCAAACUAUUCUUUGAUGAAUGAAAACAAUCUUUUAAAGAUCGCUGUAAAAUACCAAGCACACCAUCAGGUUAUAUAAUG